AUGGAAAAAUUUUUAUCAUAUAUUCGCAAUUUUUUAUAUGUAAAAUAUGAAUUUAUUGUAAUUAUUGCAACUUGUCAACCUGAAGGGCGUCAUUUGUCUGAUUUGAAUGCUAUAUGGGUUGCUCGAAAUCAAUUUAUUUUUCUUGAUAAAAAAGAUUAUAUUGUUGGUACACGUCAUUUAUUAAUUCGUGAAAAUUAUGAUAUUAUUUUAUAUGAUGCUCAACAAAAGCGCUCAUUAACAAAAGUUCAACCAAAAUUAGAUGGUAAAGAUUGUUGGGAAAAAUUAACUUUUAUUUAUUUACAAGAUCAGAUUCCAAUGCUAUUAGGAGAUGUUGAAGAAUGCAUUAAACUUCUUAGACAAAGAAAUCAAACUAAAAGUCCUGAAAUCUAG